AUGAAGACCGUUCAGAUCGCAACUGCUCUCCUGCUGGCCGGCUCGGCCGCCGCCGCCCCAACCAACUGUGCUCGAUCAUCUACGACCGAUGCUACAGCCGCCGCCCUGGUGGCCCAGAUCGCCCCGGCCGCUGCCUCAGCCACCUGCUCCCCGACUGAUGAAUGCCGCACGGCAGCCCAGGCCGGGCCCCUGUUAGAGCAGGCCAUGAAGGACUACAACAUCACCUCGGCCGGCGAGAAGGCGGGCGUCUACGCGCUCAUGGCCUUCGAGUCCGUCAACUUCGAGUACAAGCACAACGUGUCGCCCGGCCGCCCGGGCCAGGGCACCGCCAACAUGCAGAUGUUCAACUACAACCUUGAGUACGCCAAGUCGAUCCCGGCACUCGCCGGCGAGGUUGGCAAGGUGGGCAGCACGGACACGGACGCCGGCAAGAACGCCGUGCUGGCGCUCGUCACCGACGACAAGUACAACUUCGGCUCCGGCCCCUGGUUCCUCGUGAACCACUGCGCCAAUGUCCGGUCCACGCUGGCCGCCGGGACCGACGCGGGCUUCGCCGCCUACAUGCAGUGCGUCGGUGUCUCGGUGACGGAGGACCGCAACGCCUACUGGCAGCGGGCCAAGGCGGCUUUCGGUCUCUAA